AUGGCAAAAACGUAUCCCGAGCCGAGCAUUCCAGUGGUUGUUGGAUCACCAGAACAGCGGAUGAUACGGCAAGUUCCAAUCUUUAACAGACCUUCGUUAUCCCCGUCAGUUGCCUCCGCUUUCUUCUCGACACACCCCCGAGCAUCCAAAGUCAUCAAUCAAAACAUUAACUGCCUUCGCAUCACUGGCCUUCCCAACUUCCAUCGCAGAGAUGUCUUGCAUCGGCACGGCCUAGUGCAUACCCCCCGGGAGAAGGAAAAAUCAUUUCUACCACAAUGGAGAGCCGCGUGCAAGAACUACUGGCUGAACUCGAGAAAGAGAGACGACUACGAGAAGAAGAGAGAACAUUGCGGGAAAUCGCUGAAACACAGUCAGAAAAGAAAAAACAACUCCGCCAGGAGGAGCAGUGAUGACGAUGUGAAGAAGCAGAAGCAAAUUCAGAGCCAACAACAUAGCCACAAUUCCUUCACACCUGUCAUGAGCUUUUUGCUCGCAAUCCGCAUUGUGACAGACCCUACAAGAACAACCCAGGGUGCUGUAACAAAGCCAGCUAAUCAGAGGGUUCCUUCACACAUCACAUUAUGGGACUCCUUCAUUGACAAGCAGAUGAUGGUGUGGGAGAGACUCAAUGAUAAUCCAUCAUUUUUGACUGAAAAACUGUUUCCAUCAAAACAUCAGCUUGAGUAUGUCCACCAGCUCAUCACCCUGAUCACCUCAGAAUGGGAUCUCUGA